AGGCUGCGUCCUGGAGACACUCCUCUUUCAGACUCAACUCGGCAUCUGGUUUGAGAAAGGGACAGGCCCAGCCAGCAUCUCAACAAGCCAAGGAGUUAGGAGGCCAUUUCUGCAUUCCAAACGCUUUUGCUUUUCUUUGGAAAGCAAGUUGUAGUACUCAGGUCAAGGCUCUCUCCUGUUCUCCCUGCCCAUUGAAGAUUUUAGGGUCUAACUUAAUGAGCUCCAACUAAACACCUAUGACAUACGAAAAUCCUUUGGGAGCCAUUAAUAAAGGAAAAGACUAAAAUAAAGCCCUUAGUUCCAGGAAGAUCUCUAGAAGAUCUCUUUGGUAAGAGGCCCGUGGGGCCACAUUGAGGAGGUAGAAGGGGGCUAUGGGAUAAAUGAACUUAAAGUGUAGACUAUAUAUCACCAUUUUAGAAGCGGGUUUUGGGUUUGCUUUCUCCCCCUACUUUAUUGGGGAGGACUUGCCAUUGCUUUUAUCAAGUGUUUGCUAGCCAUGGGUGCCAACUAACUUCUUCGAUUGAAGGCCGGAGUAUCAUAUCUGGUUCCAGGAGCCGCUUGAGCAGGUCCUGGCAUUCGGUUGAGAUGCCCAGAUGAGUGGGGAAGGAUACCCCCUUCUGUUGCUGCCACAGCAUCUUGGGGAUAUCUGUGUCAUCAAAAGGUAGGCUUGCGCAGAGCAUUACAUACAGGACCACACCCAUGCUCCAGACAUCACCUUUCUUGCUAUCAUGGGGUAUGCCCUGCAGCACCUCAGGAGCGGCAUAGGCUGUGCUGCCACAGAAGGUCUGACUUAGCUCCCUGCGUGUCUUGGGUAGCACCUUGGCAAAGCCAAAGUCGGUCAGCUUCAGGUUGAAGCCCUGCAACAAGGCGUUCUCACACUUAAGGUCCCGGUGGGCCACGCCACAGCCAUGGCAGUAGCGAAUAGCCUCAACCAUCUGGCGGAAGAGGGCUUUGGCCCGGGUCUCGGGAAGUGGCCCUCCGUUGAGCACACAGUCAAAGACAUCCCCUCCCUCAGCCAGUUCCAUCACCAGGUAGAUUUUUCCAUCUGCUGACUCCAACAUCUCAUACACCCGGAUGAUGUUUUUGUGGUCCAGGGUACGGACAAUCUGGAGCUCCCGAGGCAGGAAUCUCUGGAUAAAUUCUGAGGGAAAAAAAAAAUGGGGAGACAGGAUGGGCUAUCAAGAUCAGAAAGGCCUGUUCUCAUUCCUGACUCCUGCUUUCCGGCUUCUGGACACACACCAUGCCCAGGUGUUCCUCCUUGACUCCCUGAGUAGUCUCAGGUGUCUCCAACAGCCAGGUACUCCCUUUUAUUCAUGAUUAGCUCAUCCUUGGAGCCUCCUCCCUGAAGUCUGUGAAACUACAGACGAAGGGGUGCUUAGGAACUUCAAUGCUAUUGAAUCCCAGGAUUCUUUCCUGGAGCCCUGCCUUCCUGUCGCUCUGCCACCUGUCUUGGCACCAGUUUUGCGGUCUUCCCGUCAACACCUCUUGGGAAAAUUGAGGAUCCUCUGCCUUGUGCUGUACUUGUGGAUCUGGAAAGAUGCAAGAAUCCCGGAUUUCCCACAUUCUUUGUGUGUGUGUGUGUGUGUGUGUGUGUGGUGUGCAUGUGUGGGGGGGGGUCGGGUUUUUUUUUGUUUGUUUGUUUUUGUUUUUCUCGUUUCUCUGUAUAGCCUUGGCUGUCCUGGACCAUGUAGACCAGGCUGGCCUAGAACUCACAGCAAUCUACUUGUCUCUGCUUCCCUGAGUGCUGGGGUUAAAGGCAUGCGCCACCAAGCCCGGCUACCACAUCCCUCUGUUUAGGGCAGCAAUCUGGCUUGCUUUGUUUGACUAAAAGGAAAGAACUGUUCUGAAGGAAGCGCCUACCCAUGUUGGCUAGCCCACCCUUCCUCCAAAGGGCCCAGCUCACCUUCUGGCCCUCCCAUCUUGUCUAUAAUUUUAAUUGCCACUUUUCUUUGAUGUUUUUUGGAAAAUGCUUCUUUGACUUUUGAGUAGGUCCCUUCCCCAAUGGUCUUGCCCAGCUGGUACCCAUUGGAGAGUAGAAAGUCCUCCAUGCUGUGUAGCGCCUCCUUCUUGUCACCCUCUCAGCUCAUGCUGCCUCCGUGAGGCAGCUCUACUCCACCAUCGCCCUUGGCCUGCUUCUUUUCCUCCCAAGGACUUCAUCCACAGCUGCCUCCAGGGCUAGAACAUUCUCCGUCUGGACACAGCCACAGGUGGUGGGGAGGGAGAGGACCAGACAUUUUUAAACUCCUGUCCAAUUGUGAUGUAAAUGCUGUGUGACCCUCAGACAACAGGGGCAGUGUCCCCGCUUUCCCUCACCACCAGCAGCUAACCCAGCAUGGGUUAAGUCAUUCUUGAGGAAGGCACCGAGUGGCAGCAGUGCUGAGGAACGGGCCUGGGUGGCCGCGUAGGCCAGGGAUGCGGGGCUUCUCCAUGUGGACUCCGCUUCCAGGCAGGCCGCCCUCGCCUCCGAGGUCCCCAUCGAACUUUUGGGGGACAGUGCAAGCCAGUCACCAAGGUGCAGUAGCCAGAACCCUCUGGCUUCAGGCCCAGGCCCACACGGAGUGCCCGAACGCUCUGGAACAGCCUAGAAUUCUAGCGAGGAACAGGCUGUGUGAGGUCAGCACGCAGAGACCGGGGUCACAAUGCAGUCCUCCCCUUCGACGCUGGGGCCGGGACUUGCAUCAGACACCUGCCAGGCUCCGCCUGGACCGGAGCGUCCUCCCGCGGCCAGGGCUCGGGCAGUUGCUUCCAGCCUGGGACCGGCCUCGGCCUCCGGCAGAGUGCCCCGGGGCCUGGACAUGAGUGCCCAGGAGACCCCACAGGGUCGAAGAUUCCCCAUUGAGGCCGGAGACUCCCCUGGCCUUGCCUCCGCCCCCGAGUCCCAGGACAGCCCGGAGCCUGCUGCCACGGAUCAAAACCCGGUCAGGCCGCUCCGACGCUGCCCGGGCUGCCACUGUCUGACGCUGCUGCACGUGCCCAUCGACGUCUACCUGGCCAUGGGCGGGAGCCCCCGGGCCCGUGCUACCUGAGUGCGCCUGCGCACGGCAGCUCUGCAGGAGCCGGGAGGGACGAGGCCAGCCGCGGGCCACCACGCUGAGGUCGCACGCGCCGAGCACGAGACAAUGAUGCACAUUUUAAAAUAAAAGAAUGAUGCACAUUUUAAUAAAGCACAGCAUAAACUGUUCUUUC